ACUGUGCGCGAUUCACUUUUUCCGGAUGUUCGCUUGAUCGUACACGUCUCCGUCGAAUUCGAAGGGAGUUAAUUAAUUUUCCAAGCGAUUAGAAAAUGAAUAAGAAUCAUGCGCCACCCGUUUAUCAACAUUCUUACUGUGAGAAUUUUAGAAGGUUGUAGAUGGCACUUCAAUACCGUUAACUGUCCCAAGCGUCCAAACACUCGAUACAAAGGUUUUAUUACUUGAGUUUCGGCACUGAAAAGAAAUGGAAGUGAGCUUGGAUUUGUAACAAAUAUUCUUAACAGAAAAUAGCAAUAUAUUGUGCUCCAUUUAACGGAGUUAGUUUAAAGUAUGAAGCGAAACGUCCCAGGCCAUUCUCAUCGCGAUGAAAAAGCUAGAGCAUCACGCAGUGAAGAUUAUGAAGCCGCUUCACAUUCAAGAGCAGAAGAAGAAAAAGUACGACGUAGACGCGAAUGGAUGUUACAACAGAAAUUAAACGAGGAGCAUGAACGAUUGAAGAAGAAAAAGAUUUUAGAAUAUGAAAUGCAACGCGCACGCGAGAAAAAAUUACGCGAAUCUAAAGGAAGAUCUUCUCGGUGUAGUCGUAGUAGUAGCGCAAGUAAAUCUCCACCAAGUCGACAUGGAAGAACUUCUGUAUCAGAUACACCCAAAACUUUGUCUGAAAAAUUAGAAUCAUCAAAUGGGACAACACCUAUAUUUAAAGGACCUGAAGGUACACAAAUUAGUGUGACAGAAUUACGCAGAAUCAAAGUAGAUAUUCACAGAAGCAUUCCUGGAAAAUCAACAGCAGAUGAUCUUCACCGGGAGAUUAUUAAUCCUGAAGAUGUGGUGGUCAAAAGAAGAGAGGGAGAAGGAUCCAAGCCAAUAUUUGAAAGGGAAGAAAUAAAAAAUGCAGUAGUCAAAACAGAAGAAGUUGGAGAACGUCGUACUGUUAAAGCUAUAAGUAGUGAAAAUUUAGAAAGCAAAUCAAAAACGUUAAAAAAAUAUACGACGUCUCCGACUAAUGUAAGAGCUCGAAGUCACAGUCUUCCACGUACUUCGCCGCAUCAUUCCAGGCACGAAGACUCAAGACAUAAUAAUAGAGAAAUUUAUAGAAAUGAUAGGGAAAGAGAACAUAAUAGAGAUAAAAGUAGAGAGUAUAGAGAACGUCAUAUUGAACAAGAAAGAAGACGUACUCAUCCGCAUAGCAUAGAUAACGAUCGGUCACGAGAAAGAAGUCGUCGCGAUCAUUCGCGUUCUAGGGAAAGAGAGGAAAGAAAAUGGGAUAGAAAUUCUCAUCAUAGAUCAGUUAGAGAUGAGAGAUCUUAUCAAGAGUACCGAGGAAGGUCAAGAGAACGCUCUAGGGAGAGGAGAGAUAGAGAUAGAUCUAGAGAACUGAGGGUUCCUCCGCCACAUUAUAUUGAGCAGAUCCCUGUUCCUAUUUAUUGUGGAAACUUCCCACCAAGACCUAUAAUGGUGGGGCCCUUAGUCCCUAUUCGUGCACAAGUUCCUUAUGGUAGUGUCAGACCUCCUAUGGUGGGUCCUUUAAGACCAUACCCCCCGCGAUUUAUUCCUCCAGAUAUGUAUAGAAUGCGUCCACCUCCAAAUCCUAAUCGUUUCAUAAUUCGGUGCUGAAGAUCGACUCGAUACCAUAUUUCCCGUGAUUAUGGAGAGCAAUUUGACAGAAUUCGAGGAGAACGUGGCCUUCGACCUCGACGAUCCAGACUUCGCCCCUUCGAAUCCUCGUACUGCAACCAAUAAUGUCCUUCGGAACUCGCAAUUCA